AUGGCUUUUGGGAAUAAAAUAAAUCAAAUUCUUGACGAAAAAAGUCAUAUUACAACACCGGCAACAACUGAAAAUGAAAAUAAAAAUAAAAAUAAAAAUGUAGAAAUAACAACAAUAAAGAAAGCAUCAUUCUUAUCAAAAGAUAUAACGAAUGAAGAUGAAGAUGAUUGUGGUACUUGUGAAUUACUUGGCGUAACUGAAAAAAAGAAUCAGAUGUUUCAAAUGAUUUCAAUUAAUAAUAAUAAUAAUAAUAAUAAUAAUAAUAAUAAUAAUAAUGGUAAUGGUAAUAAUAAUAAUGAUAAUAAAAAUAAUGAAGAUUCUAAAUAUUGGGAACCAAUGCCAUCACCACCAACAACAAUUGAAUUAGGUAAUAGUGGUUGGACAUUAUUACAUACAAUUGCAGCUUAUUAUCCAGAGAAACCAAGUGAAAAAAAGAAACAAGAUAUUAAAGAAUUUUUACAAAGUUUUUCAAAAGUUUAUCCAUGUAAGGUUUGUGCUAAAGAUUUUAGAGAAAUAAUGAAAGAGACACCACCAAUAUUAGAUUCUCAAAAUGAUUUCGCACUUUGGUUAUGUAAUGCUCAUAAUAAUGUAAAUUUACAAUUAGGUAAACCAACAUUUGAUUGUAAUUUAAUAAAUAAACGUUGGAAAAUAAAUAAUAAUAAUGAAUUCCAUUAG